ACUUUGUAUCAUCCAUUUUCGAAUGCUUUUGUCAAAAGUUUUUGGACGCUCUUUGACAGGCGUCAAAGACAACUGUUUUGACAAUCUCACUUCCUGUGAAAGCAGUUCUUGUUAAUAUCCGUAAGACGACGAGCAAGUUCGUAAAUUUCUUUGAAAGGGGGAAGAAGUGUUGAAAAAAAUCGUGAAAAAUCUUAAAAUUGUGCAUAUAAUUUAAUUCAAUAAUUAAACAAUUCUUAAUUAGAGUAUUCGUCCUUUGCGAAGGUUAAAAUUGUUUUUUUGGAAAUUGUCUACAUUUCGGAAUAUUUCACAUCACGCUUUAUUAGCAAAUUUUGGUCGUAUCGGAAUACGAAUAGGUUUAAAAUUUGCGACUGUAGCCAUCAUAAAAAUUAAUAAGAAAAUUUUGAAAUUCACAUUAUUUCCAUCAGGUUUAAAAAAAUACACUUUGAAAUGAAUCCAUCACGUCAACAACAUGAAGAUGAAGACCUUGCCGGCGACACUAACCAACCUCUAGAAGGUUCGGUAAAACCCGUGCCUAACCUAUUAGAUUACACUGAUUAUCCAACAUUGUCAGCUUCCCUAACACGUUCAAAUCGUAAACAAAAGGAGUCAGAAAAUAUCGCUGACACCUCCAAAGCUAAAAUUUCGGAACCAGUAACAUCAGAUGUAGAUUUUGAUUUGUGUCAACUUUUGGCAAAUAUUUCAUUAUCUUCCAAUCAACAGUCAAACGGUGUAGAUGAAAAAGUUGCUGAAGAAAUUCGUCCAUUCUCACCAUAUCUGAAACAAUUUAUGUAUGUUCCUGAUGAUGAAAAAACGUAUAAAAGAAAAAUAGACAAAAAAACUGCCUCUCCAAAUCUAUCAAAUGAGACUCAAACUAAUGCAAGUCCACCUACAGCAGUAGACAUAGAAGGUAAUAUAUAUAAUAUGCCAAGUAGUGUUUUAAAUGACGGAUACGGCCUAAUGGGCCUGCAAUCAAUAUUUGAACGCGGUAAACGUAAUCUUUUAUCCAUACAUAUUACCGGUAUGAAUCUCUACGAGCUUGGUAUAGAUGUAUGUUCUGCAGAUCCAGUGUUACCAUAUUUUGGUGGUGCUUUGGAUUUUAAUUUUGAUGGUAAUACAAAAACAUCAUAUGAUCGAUUGGUUUACAAAUUACCAAACUUUGUAAACAAAAAGUUGCCAAAAUUUAAUGUUAGAAAUAUGUCUCAAGAUUUAUUGUUUUAUAUAUUCUUUACUAACACUAACGAAGUUAUGCAAAUAAAAGCUGCUAUGGAAUUGUUCGAUAGAGGUUGGAGAUAUCAUCGUUACAUGAAAAAGUGGUUACAACUGUUACCAAAUGGAAAUUAUGAUUAUUACGGAUCGAGAAUAAUCGGCCGGUUUCAAAUAUUUGAAAACAAGGAUUGGAAAAUUCUGGUACAAUAUAAAGUAUUAAAUUUCAACGAUCUUUUGGAGCGAGACACUGCAAGUGAUAACGAAAUUUAAUCAGAAAAUUAUGAAUUUGCAAAAAAAAAAGUAACAUUUCGUAUAUUUAAUAAUAAUUAAUAUAUUUUUUAUAGUCAUUUGUGUAAUCGAAAUACUUUUGAUAUUGCCCGUUUAAAAAUGUUAAAUUUAUAUAACUUUUAUUUUAAUAUAAUAUUUUUUGCAUCUCUAAUAGACGAUUUCAUAGUUAUAAUUUAAGUUUUAAAACUGAGUUAAGCAUGGAUUAAGUCAGCCAAGUUAAUGACUUAAGCAUUACUUAAGUCAAUUUUAAGACUUAAGUUACGAAUGUGAAAUAUGCCAUUAAUAGAAAAGAAAUGAUGGAUUUAUUGUAAAAGUAUUGCAUAUAUGUAUUAAGGAAAUACCUAAUACAUACUAGUAGUUAUACAAGACUGACUAAAUUUAGUUUCAAGUAAUAUCAAAUAGUCCCUUCAUUUAAUUAAAUUUAAAUUAAAAACACUUUUACUAUAUAUAACAUCGGCUCAAGCAUCUAAAGUAUUUCGCAAUAAUCAAAAAAAAA